UUUAUGUGUCUGUAGUAUUUUAUCUCUAAUUUAACAACGUCAAUGCUAGGCAGAAUACCUGUAUCAAAAAAAAAAAAAAAAAAAAAAGAAAGAAAAAGGAAAAUGAUGACGAUUUCCAUUUCCCCACAUGCCCUCCCUCUGCUUCAACGUUAUAAAAGAGUGGCUCCCUCUACAUCACAGGUCAAACAGGGAUUGGGCCAUUGUCAGUCAGUCGGUGGCCGAGCAGGAGGAGGAGUUGUUUUGGCGAUGGCAUAUCUCAAUAAUCUUACGACCACCAACCAUUUGAGACAUGUGGAGUCCAUGGCAACUCUGCCUUCGGGCGCCGGCAAGAUUUCCCAUUUGAACGCUGUCGUCUUGGGUGAGGCUCUUGCUUCGGAGGAGGACCACCUCGUUUUCCCUAGUGAUGACUUCUCUGGCCAGGCUCUCGUUCCUUCUCCAAUAAAGUACCUGGAAAUGUACAGACGAUCAAUAGAGGACCCCGCUGGAUUUUGGUCCGACAUUGCAUCAUCGGAGUUCUACUGGAAGCAAAGGUGGGGAGACCAAGUCUACUGCGAGAAUCUCGAUGUCAGGAAAGGGAACAAGAUCGAGUGGUUCAAAGGUGGCAUCACCAAUAUGUGCUACAAUUGCUUGGAUAGAAACAUCGAUGCUGGACUUGCUGACAAAAUCGCCCUUUACUGGGAAUCGAAUGAACCUGGCUUUGAUGCCACUUUGACUUACUCGCAGCUACUGGACCGAGUUUGCCAGCUUGCUAACUACCUGAAAGCUAUUGGCGUUAGAAAGGGUGAUGCUGUUGUUGUUUAUUUGCCCAUGUUAAUGGAACUCCCGAUUGCCAUGCUUGCAUGUGCACGCAUUGGUGCUGUUCACUCGGUUGUCUUUGCUGGAUUCUCUUCAGAAUCUCUUGCCCAACGUAUCAUGGACUGCAAACCAAAAGUUGUUAUUACUUGUAAUGCUGUUAAAAGAGGUCCUAAGACCAUCCAUCUCAAAGACAUUGUUGAUGCUGCCCUUGUUGAAUCUGCCAAGAAUGGGGCCUCCGUAGAUGUAUGCUUAACGUAUGAAAACCAAUCGGCAUUGAAGAAGGAAAGCACUAAAUGGCAGGAUGGAAGAGAUAUAUGGUGGGAGGAUGUUGUCCCAAAAUAUGCAACUACUUGCGAUGUUGAGUGGGUUGAUGCAGAAGAUCCCCUUUUUCUACUGUAUACUAGUGGCAGUACUGGAAAGCCGAAGGGCGUCCUCCAUACAACUGGAGGAUAUAUGGUGUACACGGCUACAACAUUUAAAUAUGCAUUUGACUACAAAGCGUCUGAUGUGUACUGGUGCACAGCAGACUGUGGUUGGAUUACUGGGCACAGUUAUGUCACUUAUGGACCAAUGCUUAAUGGAGCAACAAUUGUUUUGUAUGAGGGGGCCCCAAAUUAUCCUGAUCCUGGACGAUCUUGGGACAUUGUUGACAAAUACAAGGUUACCAUAUUCUACACUGCCCCUACAUUGGUGCGCUCUCUUAUGCGUGAUGGUGAUGAGUAUGUUACACGCUACUCUCGCAAGUCCCUGCGUGUCCUUGGAAGUGUUGGAGAGCCUAUUAAUCCAAGUGCUUGGAGGUGGUUUUUUAAUGUAGUUGGAGGCUCUAGGUGCCCUAUUUCGGACACUUGGUGGCAAACUGAAACAGGUGGCUUCAUGAUUACUCCUCUCCCGGGUGCCUGGCCACAGAAGCCUGGAUCUGCUACCUUUCCUUUCUUUGGAGUUCAGCCUGUCAUAGUGGAUGAGAAAGGAGUUGAGAUUGAAGGUGAGUGCAGUGGUUAUCUCUGCGUGAAAAGCUCAUGGCCUGGUGCAUUUCGAACUCUUUAUGGUGACCAUGAGAGAUAUGAGACAACAUACUUUAAACCAUUCCCUGGAUAUUAUUUUACUGGUGAUGGCUGCAGCAGGGACAAGGAUGGAUACCACUGGCUUACUGGAAGAGUGGAUGAUGUUAUCAAUGUUAGUGGACAUCGUAUUGGCACAGCUGAGGUGGAAUCUGCUCUAGUCUCUCAUCCUCAAUGUGCAGAAGCUGCUGUGGUUGGUGUUGAGCACGAGGUUAAAGGACAGGGCAUAUAUGCCUUUGUUACUCUUGUGGACGGAGUUUCUUACAGUGAAGAACUCCGAAAGAGCCUUAUACUCACAGUGCGAAAUCAGAUAGGAGCAUUUGCAGCACCUGACAAAAUACACUGGGCGCCUGGCCUCCCAAAAACAAGGAGUGGAAAGAUAAUGAGGAGGAUUCUGAGGAAAAUUGCAUCGAGACAGUUAGAUGAACUUGGAGACACAAGCACACUAGCAGAGCCUGGCGUAGUUGAUCAGCUUAUUGCACUUGCUGACUGCUGAAACAACUCGAACUCACGGUACCGGAUGCCGUCCCUUAAGGAGUGCCCCAUUUUCGGCUCUUGAUAGCUGUUAGUUUCAGUUUUUCCUUGUCCCUUAUUUCUUUCCCCAUCAUAUACAUCUUUUGAGGUUGUUUCAUCCCUAUAGAUUUCUGAUUAUCGCGGUUGAGAAAAGUAUUCAAGCAGGUCCCUGUAUCAUGGUGAAUGCUACACCGGUACUUGUAAACCAAUGUACAAAUUGUACACUUAAAAUAAUGGAAAUAAUAGUAAAUGGGGCUUGAAAAUAA